UUUCCACCUUCGAUCAAAAUAGCCACGUUUUGAGGAGUGAGAGUAAAAUAUACUUGCGCAAUUUUUAAUUGAUUUUUAUUGGAUUUAACUGUGAGGUGGUGUAUGAAUGCGUUAAAUUUUCUAUUUUAUCCACACACUAACAUUAUAUAUUGAUGUUUUUCAAACAUAAUACCAACAACACAAAAUAAAAGAACCCCGUAAUUGCUUUUUCUCGUUGAUAGCUGCUGCCCUCACAGUUAUUGUCGUUUAAAUUUACUAAGUACUUAUCACCCUCUAAGCGACCUCAGGCUAGUCUACGUUCAAAAUUGAAGCGCCUCAGUCUAUAGUAGGUCUUGAUAGCGUUAUUGUCAUAUGAAUCUGUUUACUUUUUCAAAAAGAAACCGGUUGAUACUUUUGAGAGUUUUUAAUUGGCUCUGCAAAAUUCUUUCUUUAAAGUAAUACACUGGUCAAUACAUAGUGCUUGGAGGAGAUUUUUAAACAGCGAAAUGGAGAGCUUUGAAAAAGCUAACAACGCCGCGACAAACACCUGUCGUAGUGAUGACGUUGGUGAACCCUAUCAGAGCAAGAGUAGGUAUGACGGGUUGGUUUAUAUGAGCGAGGCAAGUCAGACAGAAGACUACUGGUACGAAAUGUGGACGAAAUUUAAUGAUAUUAGGCUAAACUUAACAGGAGAGGCGCAGAUGAAUCUUUUGAAAAUUAAGAAAUUGAUUGCAGAAAUUGGCAAAGUUGAGAACGAACUCAGUAACCGUCACGCAAGGUUGUUAGCGAAAAAAGUAGAUAGCGGCACGCAAACUGAAAAGAUGCAUGAUUCCACUGUGGUGCUGGAUGAUAGAAUGCAGCAAAAAAAGGUUGAGAAACCGAUCCCAGAAACGGUCAAACACCAAUUAACGGUGAAGCCUCUAGAAACGGUCAAAACACCCGAAGCGUUGAAAACUCCAGGAAAAGUCGAAACCCCAGAGACGAUCAACACUCCAGAAAUGGGCAAACCAGUAGAAACCUUCAAAACUACAGAAACGGUCAAAACUCCCGAAGCGUUGAAAACUCCAAAAACGGUCGAAACCCCAGAAACGGUCAAACAUCCAUUAACGGUAAAGCCUAUAGAAAUGGUCAAACAUCCAUUAACAGUGAAGCCUCUAGAAACGGUCAAAACUCCCGAAGCGUUGAAAAAUCCAGAAACGGUCAAAACCUCAGAGACGAUCAACACUCCAGAAACGGGCAAACUAGUAGAAAACUUCAAAACUACAGAAACGGUAAAAACUCCCGAAGCGUUGAAAACUCCAGAAACGGUCGAAACCUCAGAAACGGUCAAACACACGUUAACGGUAAAACCUCUAGAAACGGUCAAAACUCCCGAAGCGUUGAAAACUCCAGAAACGGUCAAAACCUCAGAAACGGUCAAACACCUGUUAACGGUAAAGCUUUUAGAAACAAUCAAACAUCCAUUAACGGUAAAGCCUCUAGAAACGGUCAAACAUCCAUUAACGGUGAAGUCUCUAGAAACGGUCAAAACUCCCGAAGCUUUGAAAACUCCAGGAAAGGUCGAAACCACAGAGACGAUCAACACUCCAGAAACGGUCAAACCAGUAAAAACCUUCAAAACUAUAGAAACGGUCAAAACUCCCGAAGCGUUGAAAACUCCAGAAACGGUCAGAACCUCAGAACCGGUCAGAACACCAAGAAGGUUUAAAAUUCCAGAAACGUUCGAAAUAGUGGGAGAAGCGAUUUGGUUUUAGAAAAGAAUGCAUGGCUCAGAGAGCGGAAAAGACUCAUCGAAUUAAAGAGCAGUGGAAAUGUUCUAAGGGACUUGUAGAAAUAAUAACAUUUGUAAAAUAGGAGCAUCAAAAAUUAAUAAUUAACGUGACAUUAUAAAAAAUUAAAGUGCAAUAACAAAAUACAAUUUAUUUGUUUUAUCAAUUGAUUUUUAAUAAGAAAUUAAUAAUAAAUAGCCUAUAAUUCAGAUUUAUGGAAUCGUCUCUGGCUCAAAAUUCAUGUCACAAAUUUGAUAUUGUGUACUGACUCGCGGAGCAUGCGGAGUCUGGAAAACGGACAAACGGAAAAAGUGCGCUAGUUAACUAAGUAUACUUACCUCGGUCAAUGUAUUUCUAAUUAUUAAGGUAUGAUUAUUAAUUGUGACUUAUAACCUAUAUGUAAUCUUGUUUAUUUAUGAAUUAGAAAUCAAUAAAAUAAUAUGAAAAUUGGAAUUGUAUACGCAUGAUAAUAGAAAUAAACUUUUGGAAAAUA